UUACCAAAAUAGCCGCAUUUGUUCAGAGGGAAACUUUAGAGAAAUUGACUUAUAUUAAUUAAGAGCACAGUGUAAAAGCCAUAAGCCAUGCAACGUGGUAAAAUAUCGUUUGGAAAAAUCCAGUUGAAUAUUAAUAAACCGCCAGCCGAGACAAAAUCCAACGAAACCACAAAGAAAGAUGAGGAGGACUCAUCUGAGGCUAGUGGAAGUGGUGGCGGAUUUAAGAAAAUGGACAAAGUGCAGAUGAUUCGACAAAUCGAGGAUGUGGCCGAGGAUCUGGAGAGCCAGCACCUGAAGGAGGUGAUGGGCAUCAGUGGAUUCGGGCGCAAGGCGGCCAAGGUGUUCGACAUCAGCGAGCAGAUCGAAAAGGCCAGGAUUACGCGUCCAGGAUUGGACAGGAAGAAGGAGGAGACCACGGCGGAUAAGGGAGCUGAGGAUGAAGAAGACGUUAUAGGACCUCUACCCCCGUCUGCUGCGGAGGAAAAGGACAAAUCCACCAAAGAGCCUGCCAAAGCCGAAGAUUCCGAUGAUGAUUCCUCCGAUGAGGAUUCCGACGACGACGACGAGCAGAGCCUGGCCAAGAGGAUACCCUACACGCACGAAGUGCAGAUGCAGCACGGAUCGCGGGCUGUCCUGGCACUGGCCGGCGAUCCCUCGGGCGCCCGUUUGGUCUCCGGCUCGAUUGACUACGACAUGUGCUUCUGGGACUUUGCCGGCAUGGACUCCGGCAUGCGUAGCUUCCGACAGCUGCAGCCGUGCGAGAACCAUCCCAUACGCUCGCUCCAGUACUCCGUGACCGGCGACAUGAUCCUGGUCAUCUCGGGCAACGCCCAGGCCAAGGUGCUCGAUCGCGAUGGCUUCGAGAAGCUGGAGUGCUGCAAGGGCGACCAGUACAUCUCGGACAUGUCGCGAACCAAGGGACAUGUGGCGCAGCUUACCUCGGGCUGUUGGCAUCCCUUCAACCGGGAGCAGUUCCUAACGGCUGCCCUGGAUGGCACCCUGCGCAUCUGGCAGGGACUGCGGGCAAAGGAGCAGGUGCAGGUGAUCAAGACGCGGGCGCAGGGAGGACUGCGCACCAACGCCGCAUCGUGCAACUUCAACAGGGACGCCACACUCAUAGCAGCGGGAUGCGUGGACGGAUCAAUACAGACGUGGGAUACGCGCAAGAUGUAUGUGAACACAACGCACUGCGUGCGGGAGGCUCACCAGAAGGGCGCCGAGAUCACCUCCAUUGUGUUCUCCUACAUGGGCCAGCAGCUGGCCACCCGGAGCAACGAUGAGACCAUGAAGCUGUGGGAUCUGCGGCAGUUCAAGCAGCCGCUUCACACCUGGACGAACCUGUUUUCCCGCUACGACAUGACCGACUGCUGCUUCAGUCCGGACGAUCGCAUGCUGGUCACCGGCGAAUCGCUGCCCAAAGGCCAGACCGAAGCGAACUUGUAUUUCUACAGCACCAAGAGCUACGAGGAAGUGCAGCGCAUCCCUGUGUCCGGCUCGCACGUGGUGAAGACCCUGUGGCAUCCGAAACUCAACCAACUGUUCGUGAGCUGCGGCAACGGAACUAUCAAGUGCUAUUAUGACGAACAGCGAAGCAUUCGGGGAGCCAAGUUGUGCGUGGUGAAGACGCAUCGCAAGAGGCAGCCCAUGGAAAUGGUGGGAGUGUCCCAGAUCAUCACUCCGCAUGCCCUGCCCCUGUUCCGGCAGGAGAAGUCACGCACUUCGCGCAAGCGCAUGGAGAAGGCGCGCAUGGAUCCGGUCAAGUCCAAGCGGCCGGACUUGCCCAUCACCAGCGGACAGGGCGGUCGCGUGGCCAGCUCUGGUGGCACGCUCUCCUCCUACGUCAUCCGCAAUCUUGGCCUGAGCAAGCGUGUGGACGACGACCAGGAUCCGAGGGAGGCCAUCUUAAAGUUUGCCAAGGAUGCGGCCGAGAAUCCCUACUGGAUAGCUCCUGCCUACAAGCAGACGCAGCCGAAGGCCAUCUUCUCCGAGAAACUGCCCGCCGAUGAGCCGGCCAGCAAGAAACCCAAGACAGAGGCAGACAAAUAAGUAGUCAGUCUAUUCAUAAGUGCUUAGAAAUGUAAAUAAACUCGUUACGGUUACAGAACGUAGCUACGUAGCUUAA